GCGACUCGGCCAAGCCUUCCGACGCUGAGGUUGAAGCUGCUGAGAAGGCUGCCGCGGAGAAGGCGGAGGCGGAGAGGAAGGAAGCCGAGCGAUUAAAACUGGAGGCUGAAGCUGCUGAGAAGGCUGCUGCAGAGAAGGCGGAGGCUGAAGCUGCCGAGAAAGCUGCCGCGGAGAAGGCGGAGGCGGAGAGAAGGGAAGCCGAGCGAUUGGCAAAGGAGGCUGCUGACAAGGAAGCGGCAGAGAAGGCGGAAGCCGCCGAGAAAGCCGCCGCCGAGAAGGCAGAGGCGGAGAGGAGGGAAGCCGAGCGAUUGCAAAAGGAGGCCGAAGCCGCUGAGAAGGCGGCUGCGGAGAAGGCAGCCGCAGAGAAGGCGGAGGCGGAGAGGAGAGAGGCCGAGCGAUUGGCCAAGGAGGCUGCUGAGAAGGAAGCGGCAGAGAAGGCAGCUGCGGAGAAGGCAGAGGCGGAAAGGAGGGAGGCAGAGCGAUUGGAAAAGGAGGCAGCUGACAAGGAAGCAGCAGAGAAGGCUAGGAAGAUACAAAACUUGUGGACUGAGAGUGGAAUGGCGUCAUUAGUCGGAGAGGGAGCAAGCGCCUUCCAAGCACCGUCUACGCCUACCAUUGGCAGUGCCAGAGACGAGGCUGCGCCUGCAGAGCGCCCCGGCGUGUCGCCAAGAACAGGCAAGGCGCCGCCGCCACCUCCUCCCAAAGCUGGGGCAGAGGCAAGUCGCAGUGGAUCAAAGUCAUCUGCGAUAUCUGCGAAGGAUGGGGACCGUAAACCGCCACCUCCGCCACCGAAAGGCAAGCCAGCAGUGAGGCCGGGGCCAAACUUGUCCGUGGAAACUGACCCUGCUGCAACCAUCGGAUCAGCUGCUGCCAGUCCAGCAGGGCAACGGGCAGACCACUCGCUGGCAAUGCUCUGGCAGUCACAGCAAACGCCCACGGGUAGCGCGGCACCGUCGCGCCUGUCUCAGUUGCAAUCCGCAGCUCCAUGGAUUGGCGGGCCUGGCGGGCCUCCAGCGCACAAACAAUAG